GGAGUGCCGUUCAGCUGGUGGGUCGGGCGGUCCGGUGAGAGGCACCCUUCCUGGACAGGUGCCCCCACUGGAGCUCAGCAGUGUGGAUGCGGCCUGGACCAGAGUUGCCUGGACGUGGGACACUUCUGCAGCUGUGGCUCUGACAAGGAUGGAUGGUAAUGGGGGACAAAUGAUACUGGCUUGCUUUCCUUCAGAGACCACUUGCCCGUCACUCAGAUAGUUAUCACUGGUACCAACAGAUCAAACUCAGAAGCUGCUUGGAGAAUCGGUCCCUUGCGUUGCUAUGGUGACCGUGAGUACUAAAGUGAAAGAAGCUUUCUGUCUGCACUGCAUAAGCACAAGCUGUUUUUAUCACCCCAUCCCUUUUCCCCUGCAGAGUCCUCUAGUCUUGAAAUCUACCUGCAUGCCCAGUGUCUUGCUGCGCCCCUUUGUGCCACAGUGCACCGUGCUGAAUGACGUUUUCAUUCGCAAGACACUUCUGGAAAGCAGUAUCGUUUUCUACAGAAGCCUCUUACCUCCACUUCCCUACCUUCCAUGCGGAAAUGAGUGUUGAUAUUUCCUUCUUUUUCAAAACCACAGCUUUAUCUGGAGUUUUCCUAGAAAACCUCAGCAUUAAAGACUUCAUCCGACUUGAAAUAAGCUCUCCUUCUGAGAUCAUGUUUGCCAUCGAUGUGGGGACUGGCCCCGUAGAGCUCAUAGCCCAGUCUCCUGCUCUUCUGAAUGACAACCAGAGGAACCUCAAGGAGACCUCACUGCAGGUGGACAGCCUCCCGAGGGUCUCCAGGGAGACUUCAGAUGAAGGCCAUUUCCAGUUGCAGCUGAACAGCCAGUUGUUUGUAGGUAGGGGACGUCUGAAGGCAUCCUUUGUGCUAAAAACCCUGAGACCACUGGGUGACCAGGCUCAAAGAAAAUUGGUUCUAUUUUAGGCCUGGGAAAUGAUUCAAAUGUGUCAUAAAGCAUUUAUGAUUAUAAA